AUGACAUCCUACUCCUCCGCAUGCCAGGCCUAUGAGCGCGAACAGUUACCCAAGAACGGGAUCCCACCCCCAAUCGCCUCCCCAUUAUCAUCCUUAAUGUCCGACAAAUACCGCGGGGCCACAGUCGAAGACCUCGACCCACCCGCUGCCCUCUCAACAUUUCCGCAGGACCUGAUCUCCACCGCCUUACUCACAGCUUACGAGCGCGACUACACACACCUAACCGUAAUCUCCUCCUCCUCACGCUCGCUACUUGGAUAUCUCAGCAUUCCACGACUAAAAACCCUACUAAGGGAAGGCAUCGUUAAAGAAUCUGAUCCGGUGGAGAAAGCCAUGUUGCGGUUCCGGAGGCGUGGACAUGUUUAUAAGAUUAUCACGAUGGAGAUGCCGCUGGAGGAGCUGGAGCGGUUUUUUGAUGGGGAGAUGGUGAAGGAGGAUGGAACCGUGGGAAUGAGGGAGAGGCAGGAUUUUGCUGUGAUAACGGAUGCGAGUCGCAAGUUCGUGUUGGGUGUUGCUACCAGGGAGGAUUUGGAGAAUUUUGUCAAGAGAAGGCCUGGUUGA